CCGCGCGGCUUCCGGCUGGGCCCCCGUCACUUGACGGAGGGGUUGGGCGCGGAGCGGAGCCGAGGAGCGAAGCCGGGGCGCCGCGGGAUCCGCUCCGGCGCCGGAGGAGGACAAGGCCGGCGGGGAAAUUGUGAGGAUAACCGCUCUUUCGGUUGUCGCCCCCGUUGUGUGUUUGGUGGUUUGGUUUCCGCUUGGAGGAAGUGGCGAGGCCUAUCGUGGUUAUCAUUAUCAUCGCUGGUGGUGUCAUUGUUCUGUUUCUAUCAUCCUUAUCAGGGCACUUAUGCGCCAAGCCCAUUCAUGAGUCAAGCGUUCCCUUUUUAUAAGUCAUGGAUGACAAGGCCUCUGUGGGGAAAAUCAGUGUGUCGUCAGACUCGGUGUCUACCCUUAACAGCGAAGAUUUUGUCUUGAUUUCCAGGCAAGGGGACGACACGCCGUCCACCAACAACGGUAGCGACGAUGAAAAGACGGGACUGAAGAUCAUAGGGAAUGGGAGUGAGCAGCAGCUGCAGAAGGAGCUCGAGGACGUCCUGAUGGAUCCCCCCGUGGAAGACCCUCCCAACGACCGGGACCAUGAGGAGGAGGAGGAAGACGAGGAGGAGGAGGAGGAGGAGGAGAGCUCCCCCGACGCCGAGGGGGACGAGCCCGUCCUCCUCGAGGCCUCCGCCUCCUCCACCAUCAACCCCGUCUCCGUCUCGGGCCCCCAGAAGCCCGGCAUGAGCCUGCCCGUGAAGCCCACGCAAGGAGAUUCGGAGGACUCGAGCCCGUUCACGCCCGUGGCGGACGAGGACAGCGUGGUCUUCAGCAAACUCACCUACCUGGGCUGCGCCUCGGUCAACGCCCCCCGGAGCGAGGUGGAAGCCCUGCGGAUGAUGGCCAUCCUGCGCGGCCAGUGCCAGAUCUCCGUGGACGUCACCCUCUCCGUGCCCAACGUCUCCGAGGGGACCGUCCGGCUGUUGGACCCUCCGACCAACACGGAAAUCGCCAACUACCCCAUUUAUAAGAUCCUCUUCUGCGUCCGGGGCCACGACGGGACCCCGGAGAGCGACUGCUUUGCUUUCACCGAAAGCCACUACAACUCCGAACUCUUCAGAAUCCACGUCUUUCGCUGCGAGAUCCAGGAAGCUGUGAGUCGGAUCCUGUACAGUUUUGCCACCGCCUUCCGCCGUUCUGCCAAACAGACCCCCCUGGCGGCCCCCGCGGCCCCCCAGACGCCCGACAGCGACAUCUUCACCUUCUCGGUCUCCCUGGAGAUCAAGGAGGACGACGGGAAGGGCUACUUCAGCGCCGUCCCCAAAGACAAGGACCGGCAGUGCUUCAAGCUGCGCCAAGGCAUCGACAAGAAGAUUGUCAUCUACGUCCAGCAGACCACCAACAAAGAGCUGGCCAUUGAAAGGUGUUUCGGCCUCCUCCUCAGCCCCGGGAAGGACGUCCAGAGCGGCGACAUGCAUCUGCUGGACCUGGAGUCUAUGGGCAAGAGCUCUGACGGGAAGUCCUACGUCAUCACCGGGAGCUGGAACACCAAGUCUCCGCACUUCCAGAUCGUGAACGAAGAGACGCCUAAAGACAAAGUGCUGUUCUUGACCACGGCGGUGGAUCUGGUGGUCACGGAGGUCCAGGAACCCGUCCGGUUCCUGCUGGAGACCAAAGUCCGCGUCUGUCCCCCGAACGAGAGGCUCUUCUGGCCCUUCAGCAAGCGCAGCUCCACCGAGAACUUCUUUCUGAAGCUGAAGCAGAUCAAGCAGAAGGACCGGAAGAGCGGGACGGACACGCUCUACGAAGUGGUGUGCCUGGAGAGCGAGUCGGAGCGGGAGCGGCGGAAGACCACGGCCAGCCCGGCCCUGCGCCUGCCCCAGUCGGGGUCCCAGGGCUCCAUGAUCCCCUCCCCGCCCGAGGACGACGAAGAGGAAGACAACGACGAACCCCUCCUGAGCGGCUCCGGGGAUGUCUCGAAGGAGUGUGCCGAAAAAAUCCUGGAGACCUGGGGAGACCUCUUGUCCAAGUGGCACCUGAACCUGAGCGUCCGGCCCAAGACGCUGUCGGCGCUGGUGCGCAGCGGGGUCCCCGAAGCCCUGCGCGGGGAGGUCUGGCAGCUGCUCGCCGGCUGUCACAACAACGACCACUUGGUGGAGAAGUACCGGAUCCUCAUCACCAAGGAGUCGCCCCAGGACAGCGCCAUCACCCGCGACAUCAACCGGACCUUCCCUGCCCACGAUUACUUCAAGGACACCGGUGGAGACGGACAGGACUCGCUCUACAAGAUAUGCAAGGCCUAUUCGGUCUACGACGAAGAGAUCGGCUACUGCCAGGGCCAGUCCUUCCUGGCCGCGGUGCUGCUUCUCCACAUGCCGGAAGAGCAGGCCUUCAGCGUUCUGGUCAAGAUCAUGUUUGACUACGGACUCAGGGAGCUUUUCAAACAAAACUUUGAGGAUUUACACUGCAAGUUCUACCAGCUGGAGCGCCUCAUGCAGGAGUACAUCCCCGACCUCUACGGCCACUUCCUGGACAUCAGCCUGGAGGCCCACAUGUAUGCCUCCCAGUGGUUCCUCACGCUCUUCACGGCCAAGUUCCCUCUCUACAUGGUCUUCCACAUCAUCGACCUGCUCUUGUGCGAGGGCAUCAGCAUCAUAUUCAACGUCGCGCUCGGAUUAUUGAAAACGACCAAGGACGACCUGCUCCUGACGGACUUCGAGGGGGCCCUGAAGUUCUUCCGCGUGCAGCUGCCCAAGCGGUACCGCUCCGAGGAGAACGCCAAGAAGCUGAUGGAGCUGGCCUGCAGCAUGAAGAUCAGCCAGAAGAAGCUGAAGAAGUACGAGCGGGAAUACCACACCAUGCGGGAGCAGCAGGCGCAGCAGGAGGACCCCAUCGAAAGGUUCGAGCGGGAGAACCGGCGGCUGCAGGAGGCCAACAUGCGCCUGGAGCAGGAGAACGACGACCUGGCCCACGAGCUGGUGACCAGCAAGAUCGCCCUGCGGAAGGACCUGGACAACGCGGAGGAGAAGGCCGACGCGCUGAACAAGGAGCUGCUGAUGACCAAGCAGAAGCUGAUCGACGCCGAGGACGAGAAGCGGCGGCUGGAGGAGGAGUCGGCCAAGCUGAAGGAGAUGUGUCGCCGGGAGCUGGACAAGACCGAGUCCGAGAUCAAGAAGAACAGCUCCAUCAUUGGGGACUACAAGCAGAUCUGCUCCCAACUGAGCGAGAGGCUGGAGAAGCAGCAGGUGGCAAACAAGGCUGAGAUCGAGAAGAUCCGGCAAAAGGUGGACGACUGCGAGCGGUGCCGGGAGUUCUUCAACAAGGAAGGGCGGGUGAAGGCGGCCAGCGCGGCCCGCGAGGGGUCGGACGAGGAGGCCGACGAGGAGAAGGAGGCCCUGAAGAGCCAGCUGCGGGAGAUGGAGCUCGAGCUGGCCCAGACCAAGCUGCAGCUGGUGGAGGCCGAGUGCAAGAUACAGGACCUGGAGCACGACUUGGGCCAAGCCCUGAACGAGGUGCAGGCGUCGCGCAAGACGUGGUUCAACCGGACGCUGAGCUCGAUCAAGACGGUGACGGGGGUCCAAGGGAAGGAGACCUGCUGAGCCGGGAACUUCCGCGCGGACCGGAUGUACAUAGGACUCUCUCUAGGCAGAACGGAUUGGGGAGGGGGGGAACCACCCCAUGGCGCAUGUUGGGCUUUCCCACAGGUCAGUGGCCCCGUCCGGACAGGGGCGUGGUGGCGGCGGCGGUCCGUCCCUUCAUACUACUGAUUAUUUAACCCGGGGGGUGUAGCUGUAGGCCGAAGAAGACUCCAAGGAAAGACAAAACACUCCAUUCUACAGCCUGGUUGGGCCUUUGGUACGAAAACACAGCCGCAAACACUUACCAGAUCCUCUCUUGACUUCUUGCGUUGACAGACCAGAGCUUUCUUUUUUUUACCGUAUUUGCAAGUCUAUAGGGUUGGGAAUGGGGUCCUCACCCCCAGAAACGCAUUGGAAACGCAUCCCCACCCUCAGCAAUUCUAUGCAACUCUGAACAAGGGGAGGCGUGCGCUGUAAGUUCCCAAAACCCAAUGGUGAGGAAACACCUUUAGCACCCAUUGGGUGAGGAAACACCUUUAGCACCCAUUGGGUGAGGAAACACCUUUAGCACCCAUUGGGUGAGGAAACACCUUUAGCAUCCAUUGGGUGAGGAAACACCUUUAGCACCCAUUGGGUGAGGAAACACAGAUAGGAGUGAGCGCACCUUGUAUCAUUUUCAGUGGCUCUCAAUGACGUCAACGCAAGCCAAGACGUAACCUGUGUGUUGACUUCCGUUCCAAAACUUAACUUUGUACUUUUAACUUAACUGUAAAUUAUUCUUCGCCGACGUCCGUUUUGACCCUUUUUGUUCCCCCUCUUUUUUUGCAAUAUUGUUGUUUAUUUUUCCAGGGUGCUUUUUCUAUAGUUUUGCACAUAAGAUAGAAACAAAAAAAGCGGAGAUUGGGAAGGAGAGGAGGCUCCGUUUCCUCUGUUUUCCUCGCCUUCCUCUCUUUUUCCCACGCUCCUCGUAACUACCCCGGUAGGUACUUAACGCUGCUUGGAUUUCCGAGCGCUCGAGAUUUACAAAAGUUCCCCAACUUCACACCAGAAAAAGCUGUAGAAUGGAGGGUUUUGGCACCUUUGUAUUCCCUUCUCUUUUUUUUAAUUUAUGAUGGUUUUGUGCUGUGCCGAACAGUCCUCGUUAUCCGCGGAUACGGGCCCUGGUUUAUAUAUAAAGGUGAUUUCUACUUCCCCGCGCUCUCGUUGACCGGACUAACGCUCCCAGAGCCCCAAGGAGCCAGGAUCUCUCUCUCUCUUUCUCUCUCUUCUUCCCCCCUUAACCGUGUACAUGGAUAUCUUUAUUGUUUAAUAAUACCAAAAAGACAAAACCCGUUACUGUAACUCCAUCAAUAAUCGGCGUGUGGACAUUGUAGUAGAGUAGGUGCCAUGUGUAGUCAACCUUUGGAUUGAUAUAUAAACCAGUAAAAAAAAACUGUAUUACUAAA